CUUCAAGUUUCGUACAACAUAUUCAUAGAAAGAUGUCACUUAAUUUCGACAAAAAACUCAUGAAAGUUGCUGAUGAAUUUGCCGAUUUCGACCUUUUAAAGACAAAGAACCAACCUGGUCCUCAUUUUCGGACUCAAGAGACAGAAUCCAUGUUCAUCCUCAGUGUCCAACUCCAAGGUUAUAAACGAACACAUAUAAAGGUUGAGAGAAACAAAGAUGGGAAUAUCACAAUACAUGGCGAAAAACCAUUUCAAGAUACAUUGAUGGUUGGAGGAAAAGUCAUAAAGAAAGAUAUCAAAAUGCAUGGAUUCCGAAAACCAUUCAAAAUCCCACAAGGGGUUGUUUUGGAUAAAGUUAAAGCUAGGUUCAAUGAAGACAACUCAGAACUUGUAAUUCGAAUCCCAAAAGCUACAAAAGGCUUCAUCGGGAUUGGAAUUGAGGAGUUGAAAACAAAAGAAAUCCCAUCAGAAUCCACAGAACUAUUACAUAUUUAUUCCAAUGGAGAGUUGUCAGAGCAAGAAAUUGAAGAGAAAAAUGUUCAAGAUUUCACACAAAAUGUAAAAGAAGAACAAGUUGAAACUAAUGAUGGUGAAAGCAAAGAGCAUGAUAGCCAAGAACCAAAAUUGCCACAAAGGAGGUUCAAUAUAUGCACUCCAGUCGUGUUUGGAUCCACUAUCUUUGUGUCUCUCAUCGUAUUGGUUUUCCACUUGGUCCAAUCUAAAAAACCAAUAAAACAACAAAAGAAAACAGAUGAAGAUUAGUUUAAAAGUAGCCUUUAUUAACG